CACUGGCUAAGUAAACAGGCUGUAAAGAAAAUCUCCGAUACAUCGAUUUCCUUUACAAAUCCGCAUUUGUUUCCGUCUCUGGAUUUAGUCAUCACCAUCAACGGCAAAAUUGUCCGGUUCGAGCUCGGGCUGGUUCUACACUUAACCGCGGCAUUAAAAUACCAAGCGUCUGUUCGACAGAGAUAAAGCAUGGACGACGAGGGAGAAGGGGCAGGAUUCGAGCUGCAGAAAAUUACAAUUGUUGAUGAAUGUGGUAGCGAAAUUUCUUCUGGCGCUAAAUUGAGUCAUAAGCAAUGGAGAGCAAGACUAAAGAGAGAAAGGCGACGCAAUAAAAGACGAGAAGUCGCCAAGGAGUUGGCAGCAGAUAAAGGAAUCGAGAGUUUGGUUGAAGCUACCGAUGAAGAAUUUGAGAAGCUGAAGCAGCAAAGAGAUGAGGCUGAGAGGGCAUAUCUUCAUGCCCAAUGGCUGGAGCGAGAGAAACAAGCACUGGACCAGUGGCAGAGGACAAAGGAGAGAGAGAGGGUAGAGAAACAGAAUAGGGAGGAACAAGAGAAAAGGAUCAAAGAAGAGUGGGAAGCACAACAGAAAGAAGAAAAGGAAGAACAAGAGAAGAAGGAUGAAAUAGAUAAAGAAAAGAAGUCUCGCCAGGAGGAUCUGCUACGUCAGGCCACGGCAAACGAAAACAAGGAGGGAAAUGACCAACCCUGGCAUAACCCCAUUGUACGAGUGGUCCAGGGCAAGGAGAGAGACCGCUGUCCCUUUUUCGCUAAGACAGCAGCUUGCAGAUUUGGUGACAGGUGUUCUCGUACCCACCCCGAGACAGAGAGCAGCACCAUUCUGUUGUUCCGUGGCAUGUAUAGCCACUUUGAGUUGGAGCAGGGUCUGACAGGCGAGGAGUAUGACACAGAUCUGAUUCUUGAAUAUGACGAUUCUGAACUCUACCAAAACUUUCGUGACUUUUAUGAAGACAUUGUUCCAGAAUUCAAAGCAAUAGGUCGAUUGGUCCAGGUGAAAGUUUGUUGUAACUACGAGCCCCAUCUCCGUGGAAACGUCUAUAUCCAAUACAGAAGGGAGGAUGAUGCAGCCUCAGCCUUUGCACAGUUCAACGGUAGAUUUUAUGGUGGAAAACAACUGUCCUGUGAAUAUGUCACGAUACCAACCUGGAAAUCAGCUGUCUGUGGUUUGUUUGGAAGUGGUCGAUGUCCCAAAGGAAGAAACUGUAAUUUCUUCCACGUGUUCAAGAAUCCUGGCAAUGAAUUUUGGGAGUCAGAUCGCAAUUUUGACAGAUAUAGACAAAGCAACACACAAAGUAGAAACAGAGAAUGGUCUCAGAGGUCAGAAGGGUCAUCAAGUAGGAGGCAAAGAAAGAGGUCAAGGUCACGGGAAAGAAGAAGGUCAAGGUCACAGGAAAGAAGAAGCAGGUCAAGGUCACCAACAAAAAGAAAUAGGUCAACCCGUCAUACAAGGUCAAACAGAUCAAGAUCAUCAUCUAAAGAUAGACAUCAUGGAUCAAACAGAAAAAGGUCAAGGAAUUAUCGUUCAAGGUCAAGAUCAAGGUCAAAAAGUAAAACUAGAGACAGACAGAAAUCCAGAAAGAAGCGUUCUGAUUCAAGGUCAUUGUCUAGAGGUCGAUCAAGGUCACCAAAAUCAAAAUCUAGUAAGAAACAUUCACGCUCACGGUCUUACUCCAGAGGUCGAUCAAGAUCUUCGUCAAAAUCGGAGUUUCAACAGGAAGAAAAACAAUCAAAGGUAAAGGAGAACUGUGUUAUUACAGACAACAUUGGUGAAAGUGAAAAACAGUUAGUGACAGAAUCAGGAGAAAAUAAUGAGAGACUUGAAAACAGCAAAAAUGGAAAAGUGUUAGAAACAGAGGAAGUGAAAAGUGACCUAAAGGAGAACAGCAACAGUUCAGAUUCUGAGAAAUCAUCACGAAGUCAUCAUCAUAAGGACAAAAAACAUAAACAUAAAAAGCAUAAACAUAAGAAACAUAAAAAAAUCACAUUAGAAUGGAUAGAGGCUUCCUGAAUUCUAUGUGGUGAUAAUGUCAUCUGUCUGUUUUAAUCUGGAUAUAUCCAGACCUUCAAUUAAAAGAAAAAAAUAUCUAGAUUUUAUACGGCAACUGAAUUAUGGAUAACUAGUAUUGAAUAACAUGCCAGUUUCUAAGAAACACUAAAAACUAAAAUAGAUAUUAAAAUAUAUGUAUAUUUGG